UUUGCACACAUUUUUUUCCAACAUCUCUCAAUCUCUCUCAGUUAAUCAGAAGCUUUUCAGUUCCAUAUCAUUUUCCUCCCUUCUUUUUAUCAUAUAAUAUCUACUAUUCAAGCUUUUGGUAGCCAAAAAUCAGUUUGUUAUUCCUAGUUCCACAGGAUUUUCGUGUUGAUUUCCCGAAUUUAGAGCCUUUGUGAAAACCCAAUUGAGAUUCAGAAAGGAGUUUUCAGAUUAUUAGUUGAUUCAGUGCCAAAAAUAGGGGUUUAGUGGAAAAUUGGAGAAAUGGAAAAUAUUUCUGGGUUUAUUAACGUGGAUGAGCAGAUGGAACUUCCUCCGGGAUUCCGAUUUCAUCCAACGGAUGAAGAGCUCAUAAGUCACUACCUCUGCCCCAAAGUUCUUGACAACUUCUUCUGUGCUAAAGCAAUUGGUGAGGUGGAUUUGAACAAGUGUGAGCCCUGGGAUUUGCCUUGGAGGGCAAAAAUGGGAGAAAGGGAAUGGUACUUCUUCUGUGUGAGGGACAGAAAAUACCCAACUGGUCUAAGAACAAACCGGGCAACGGAGGCCGGGUACUGGAAAGCCACAGGCAAAGAUAAGGAGAUUUACAAGGCAAAAACCCUGGUUGGAAUGAAGAAAACUCUUGUUUUCUACAAAGGAAGAGCUCCAAAAGGUGUAAAGACCAACUGGGUGAUGCAUGAAUACAGAUUGGACGGCAAAAACUCUGCCUGUAAUCUCCCCCAAACAGCAAAGAAUGAGUGGGUGAUUUGUAGAAUUUUCCAAAAGAGUAGCGGUGGGAAGAAGAUACAUAUUUCAGGUUUGGUGAGGCCGAGCCCCUUCGUGAACGAAUUGCGCUCUUCUUUAUUGCCACCAUUAAUGGAUUCUCCACCCUACAACAGUGACGCUAGAACAACCCCCACCGCCUGCGAAACCUCUCACGUGUCGUGCUUCUCCGAUCCACCGGAGGAUCAGAAGACUCAGGACGACAUUAUGGACAGCUUCAACAACAGCAACAACCACCACAACAACGACAUUCCUUACGCUUGUUCAUCGCCUUCGAAUCCCUCAGCUCAUUUGAACUCUAUUUACUCCAACCAAAUCACACCAAACAUUGGACUUUUGCAGCACCAAAACUCAGUUUUGAUGCAGGACCAGUCGUUUAUGAGGAUGUUGAUUGAAAACCAAGCACCAAACUUGAGGCGUAGUGCGAAAAUAGAGUUCUCACAGGACGCUGGGCUGAGCAUUGAUGCUUCCUCAGUGGUUUCAAACAGAGAAAUGGUGCAGGAUGAUCCAUCGUAUUCUUCCGCUCCUGUAGAAUUCGAUUGCCUCUGGAAUUAUUGAUCUCGAAGAUCGAAUAUAGUUAUGAAUUAAGAGAAGAUUUUUCAGGGAUGUAUAAUUAAUAUGGUACUUUAUUAUUAUGCACUUUGUAUAGAAAUUAUCCAUUGGAUUAUAGAACCAAGAAGUGCAGCUUGUUGUAAUUUGCAGGGAUUGAUAAGAACAUAUAUACAGUGAUGGCUUGGAGAUUAUUUCCUAUUGAAUUGA